AUUGGAGAGAUUUCCGAGUCGACGUCAAAACCCUCUUUGUAGGCGAAGCAUCUGGACCGGUAAGAGACUCUCUCAUUGAUAAUAACCACAUAAUUAAAUCAAAACUUUUCCUCUCUCUCUCUUCUCUAAGAUCUCUUGCGUUGCUCUUUAUCUGCUUGAUCUUCCUAUAUAUGGAGACGCACUAAAAGGGUACUUACUAUACGAUACUGUACGGAACCAUCAAACAGGUUUUGAUUCUAUAUCCAAACGACGUACCUUUUUAUCUUAUCCGGCACCAAGUUACCUUUCCUAGGGUUUCGGAGAAUCCAAUCAACAACGAAGUAAAAAUUUAUCAUCGUUACCUUAGUCGAUAUCAUAAAGACUUAGAUGUUCCGGUUCCCAGUGAGUCUAGGUGGUUCACGUGACGAAGCCCGUCACGAUCAGAUCACACCGUUGGAUGAGCAUCGUGUGGUGGUUGAUGAGGUUGACUUCUUCUCGGAGAAGAGAGAUAGGGUUUCACGUGAAAACAUCAACGACGACGAAGACGAAGAAACCAAUAAGGUUCACGUCAAAAUGGAGAAUUCACGAGUUGAAGGGAACGAUCGUUCCAGAGAUGUUAAUAUCGGGCUGAAUCUUCUGACGGCGAAUACGGGAAGCGAUGAAUCAACGGUGGAUGAUGGACUAUCAAUGGACAUGGAAGAUAAACGUGCAAAGAUUGAGAACGCACAACUACAAGAGGAGCUGAAGAAGAUGAAGAUAGAGAAUCACAGGCUAAGAGAUAUGUUGAGCCAAGCGACGAACAACUUCAAUUCCUUACAAAUGCAACUUGUUGCCGUCAUGAGGCAACAAGAACAACGUAACUCCUCCCAAGAGCAUCUCCUGGCUACGGAGGGAAAAGCAGAAGGAAGGAAACGGCAGGAACUGCACACCAUGGUGCCAAGGCAGUUCAUGGACCUCGGGCCGUCUUCUGGUGCGACGGAGCAUGAGGCUGAAGUGUCAUCUGAAGAGAGGACAAUGAUUCAUUCGGGUUCUCCUCCUUCGCUUCUAGAAAGCUCCAAUCUCCGAGAGAAUGGAAAGAGGUUGCUUGGCAGAGAAGAAAGCCCAGAGGAAUCCGAGUCUAACGCCUGGGGAAACCCUAACAAAGUCCCCAAACAUAACUCAUCCUCUAGCAACAACAAUAACAACGGAAAUGGAAACGUUAUUGAUCAGUCGGCCGCAGAAGCCACCAUGCGAAAAGCCCGUGUCUCAGUUCGCGCCAGAUCUGAAGCUCCGAUGAUAAGCGAUGGAUGUCAAUGGAGAAAGUAUGGACAAAAAAUGGCGAAAGGAAACCCGUGUCCGCGAGCUUAUUAUCGCUGCACAAUGGCCGGUGCCUGUCCUGUUCGUAAGCAAGUGCAACGAUGCGCAGAGGACAGAUCUAUUCUCAUAACCACCUAUGAAGGAAACCACAACCAUCCACUCCCACCAGCCGCAAUGGCCAUGGCCUCAACAACCACCGCAGCGGCAAGCAUGCUUCUUUCAGGCUCAAUGUCGAGCCAAGACGGUUUAAUGAACCCAACAAACCUCCUAGCUCGAGCCAUCUUACCUUGCUCCUCAAGCAUGGCUACAAUCUCAGCCUCCGCACCAUUCCCAACCAUCACAUUGGACCUCACCAAUUCACCAAACGGUAACAACCCCAAUAUGACCACUAAUAACCCGUUGAUGCAGUUCGCUCAACGGCCCGGUUUCAACCCGGCAGUUUUGCCUCAAGUGGUCGGUCAAGCUUUGUACUAUAACCAACAACAGUCCAAGUUUUCAGGUUUACAGUUACCGGCUCAGCCGCUGCAGAUCCCGGCCACUUCCUCGGUGUCCGAGAGCGUUAGUGCCGCCAGUGCAGCGAUUGCCUCUGAUCCAAACUUUGCAGCGGCUCUAGCAGCAGCAAUUACGUCCAUUAUGAACGGUUCCAGUCAUCAGAACAAUAACACCAAUAAUAAUAAUAAUGUGGCUACGAGCAACGGUGACAAUAGGCAAUAAGAGUUGCAUUUUGAUUAUCAAGUUUAUUUUUUCGUACUUUGUUUAGAGCUUUGGAUGUGUAAUUAUACUUUUUUUGUUUUUUUAGCUUUUUGUCGUGAACAACAACGGUCUUAAGAACAUGUUUUUUUUUCUCUGUUCUUCAUGUAAGAUUAAAUUUGAAAUUAAA